AUUUACGAGACGUGCCCGCGAAUCUUGCCCCGGAUAUAAUAAAAAUCAUACAGCUCAUUCCGUUGGUCGUGCGCGUCGUUCACAUCCUGUAUCCUCUUCGUCAUCCAUCCUGAGUGCAAUCUGCUUCUUCGGCCUCAGUUGCCACUGGAUAUGGCUGGUGCUCGUCGUCGUCGACAUUCGUGCGUAAAGGAGUCUAAUAGUGAGACAGAAAGAGCCGCAAGGCUCUCGUGAUACCAAUUAGUGAUCUAGUGAUCUAGUGAUCUUUAGAUCUUUAUAAAAAGUGAUCUUUACUAUCUGUGAGACCAAGUGUCAUUCUCCUCUCUAUCGUCCUUCCACUUCUUCCUCGUGUUCCCUUACGUCUUCCAACUCACUCGUGUCCACCUUUGAUAUUUUUUCACGUCGUCCUGAAACCGCGAAAAAUGUUUGUCUCGAGGAAUUCACAUCGUCUUGAAGCAUCAACAAAGAUUCUAUAUGGAUUGCUACUGCUACUCCUUGUCCAGAUCACGUCCUCGGCCGAUUUGGCAAUAGAAAUUCCAGGCAACCUGAGCCAAGGUGGGUCUUGGUACAGAUUGGAUUAUAGUCCAGGAAUCGGAUAUCCUCAUCCGAACACUACGUUUGCUGCCACUGACAUCGGAGACGUCAUCAAGUUUCGCGAUGGCCUCGCUGGUACCAGAUAUGAAUUCUGGCUCUAUUAUAGCAAUGGCACGCUUCAUGAUUGGCUCACUUGGACCGCUUCGAUUAUUACGCCUCCUGAUCCACCUUCGAAUCUGACCGUCUCGGUUCGCAAUGGCAAGACGGCCAUUGUUUCUUGGGCUCCGCCAUCACAGGGCAACUAUUCUGGCUUCCGGUUGAGGGUCCAAAGCUUCAGCGACGCUACCAAUCCCAGGACCAGCGCUCUUCCUUCGGACGCUGCUCCUUAUACGCUCAGAGAUCUCACUCCAGGAGCUACUUACUCUCUUCAGCUCUUUACCGUCUUGGAUACUAAAGAGAGCGUGGCUUAUACCAGUAGAAACUUCACUACCAAGCCUAACACACCUGGCAAGUUCAUUGUGUGGUUCAGAAAUGAAACCACUCUACUGGUGCUCUGGCAGCCGCCAUAUCCGGCUGGUAUUUAUACACAUUACAAAGUCAGUAUCGAUCCACCGGAUGCUAUCGAAUCCGUCCUCUAUGUUGAGAAGGAAGGUGAACCUCCAGGUCCAGCACAGGCUGCAUUUAAGGGUCUGAUACCAGGUAGAGCGUAUAAUAUUUCGGUGCAGACUGUGUCAGAGGAUGAAACUUCAGCUCCGACAACGGCACAAUAUCGCACUGUACCGUUAAGGCCACUAAACGUGACGUUUGAGAAAAGUUCAGUGACGUCAAGUUCCUUCCGGGUUCUAUGGAACCCACCAAACGGUACCUCAGAGUUUGACAAGUAUCAGGUAUCCCUUGGUGGAAAUAGAAGACUCAAUCCAGUCACCAGGAACACCGAUGACGAGAACUGGUGGGAAUUUAAGGAUCUGGAACCAGGGAAAACAUAUCAGGUCGUUGUCAAGACUGUAUCUGGAAAAGUAACCAGUUGGCCAGCUAGUGGGGAUAUUACACUCAAGCCGCUACCCGUUCAGAACUUCCGGGCUGAGAUUGAUGACAAAACUGGAAUAGUUGAGGUCUCCUGGAAUCCUGAUAAUUCAAGCACUCAAGACAGUUACAAAGUCAUGUAUCACGAAGUCGAGACGUCCAUUGGCGAUAGCAACACUCUGACCACUGAUAAGACAAGACUCACUCUGGAUGCCCUGCUUCCUGGUAGGAACUAUUCGAUUAUCGUCCAAGCAAUCAGCAACAAGGCUGAAUCGAAUGAAAGCGUCCUGUACCAGGUGACGCGUCCAUCCAGUCCGAUAAUAGAGGAUCUGAAGUCCAUUGAAAAGGGACUUAAUAUAUCUUGGAAGAGCGACGUGGAUUCGCGACAGGAAAAAUUUGAAGUGACACAUAACAGAAACGAUACAGGGGAGAGCGCAACUACGCUGACUACUGAAUCUCAUAUAAUUCUGGAAGACCUAUAUCCUGGAGCAGGUUACGAGGUCAAGGUCUUUGCUAUAAGUCAUGGGUUAAGGAGUGAGCCACAUGAUUACUUUCAGGCAGUCUUGCCUCAUCCACCAAAAAAUUUGAGCAUAGAAAAAGUUACCAGCAAUACCGUAUUGGUACACUGGGAGGCACCCAGCGAUUCGAUGUUUACUGAAUAUGCAAUUAGAUAUCGAACUGAGGAUGAUCCAAGAUGGGUGAAGUUGCCCAGUGUGAAAGAGACUGAAGCGGAAGUGGCGGAUAUGGCACCUGGAGAACGAUACACCAUUCAGGUGAACACCGUGAGCUUCGGUGUUGAGAGUCUUUAUCCACUUCAAUUGAAUCAAACGAUUCGACCAAAUCCAGUCUCGAACGUUACGCCCAUAUCGGAUUCCACAAACGUAACCCUGGAGUGGCCGAGGCCAGAAGGUAGAAUUGAAAAAUACGUAAUCAGAUGGUGGCCAGUCGAGAAUCCAGAUGACAACAAAACGAAAAACGUUACGGAAACUAACAUAUCAGGCGUCGGUUACGACGACGUCGUUCUAUCAACUGAAAAGAUUCUAGUGAGCGAUCUGAUGCCUGGCGUCGAAUAUUCCUUUAGCGUCUUCACAGUCUCUUACAAUCUAGUUAGUGACAUCACCAACAUUACAACCAGAACAAUGCCAUUAAUUCAAUCGGAAGUGGUCGUGGUCGUGGACCGAGAUCAGCCAGAUUCUUUGACUUUGCGUUACACACCCACACCCAUCGGAUCCUCUCGAUUCGAUCUUUAUCGAUUUCGAAUCAGCGACGAGACUAAUACGACCAAGGAACGUGAGAGGGAUAAUACAGAUACCAAAGUCACUUUUACCGGUUUGACGCCGGGACGCUUGUACAACGUCACCGUCUGGACUGUCAGUGAGAACGUCGAAAGUCAACCACUUUUCAGACAAGACAGACUCUACCCUGAACCUAUCACGAGUAUCGAUGCUGUCAAUGUGAACGAUACUAAGAUAACACUCAGUUGGGACACGCCACGUGGGGAAUACAAUGCCUUUGAGGUACAAUACAUAAAUACUGAAGGAAGUUACGUGCAAAAUAUAACAGCACUGAACAACAUCACAAUCAGCGACCUCAAGCCACAUAGAAACUAUACCUUCACUUUGGUGGUUCGUUCGGGUACCGAAUCCACCUAUCUCAGAAGAUCCAAUCCAUUGAGCGCCAGUUUCACAACGAGUGAGUCCUAUCCUGGGAGAGUCGACAAGUUUCAUCCAACCGACGUACAGCCAAGUGACAUCAGCUUCGAAUGGUCUUUACCGAGUCAGGAACAAAAUGGUGUUAUCCGGAAAUACAGCAUAACAUAUGGACUUGAAGGUUCAACUCACACGCAAGUACGGGACUUCCGAGCGAACGAAUUCCGUGGUGUGAUAAAGUCACUAAUUCCUGGAAAAACGUACAUAUUCCGUAUUCAAGCCGAAACCAGAAUCGGUUUUGGUCCAGAGGCUGUUUGGAAGCAGAAGAUGCCUAUCCUUGCACCACCCAAACCACCAACCCAAGUUGUUCCUACCGAGGUCUGUCGCAGCAGCACAACAAUACAGAUCAGGUUCAGAAAGAAUUACUUCAGCGAGCAAAACGGGGCUGUCAUCUCGUACACUAUCAUUGUUGCCGAAGAUGAUACCAAGAAUGCUUCCGGCCUGGAGAUGCUCAGUUGGAAGGACGUUCAGUCUCACAGCAUCUGGCCUCCGUAUCAGGUCAUGGAACCGUAUUGUCCAUUCAAGAAUGGAUCGGUCGAGGACUUUACUAUUGGAACGGAGAAUUGUGAUAACAAGAUUGGUUAUUGCAACGGUCCGCUUAAAUCUGGAUCAACGUAUAGAGUGAAAGUUCGGGCGUUCACUGCUCCUGAUAAAUUUACAGACACCAGUUACAGCUUCCCAAUUCAGACAGGAUUACUGCUGGCAGAUAAGGACAAUACCGCCAUCAUAGUAGGGGUGACUGUCCCGAUAGUACUGCUACUGUCAUUGUUGGGUAUAGGCCUCAUUGUUAGAAGACGAAGGAGUCAGGGCCGGAAGACGACUGAAACUAGGACAAGCGAUAAUCUCUCUUUGCCGGAUAGCGUCAUUGAGACUUCCCGUCCUAUCAGGGUCGAAAAUUUUGCGGAACACUAUCGUAUUAUGUCUGCGGAUUCCGACUUCCGGUUCUCUGAAGAAUUCGAGGAGUUGAAGCACGUUGGAAGAGAUCAACCCUGCACUGCUGCUGAUCUGCCCUGUAAUCGUCCCAAGAACAGGUUCACGAAUAUCCUGCCCUAUGAUCACAGCAGGUUCAAGCUGCAGCCUGUGGACGAUGAAGAAGGUUCCGAUUACAUAAACGCCAAUUACGUCCCAGGUCACAACUCGCCAAGAGAAUUUAUAGUGACCCAGGGUCCACUGCACUCAACGCGUGAUGAUUUUUGGAGAAUGGUUUGGGAGAGUAACAGUAGAGCGAUAGUGAUGCUGACAAGAUGUAUAGAAAAAGGCAGGGAAAAGUGUGAUCAUUAUUGGCCCACUGAUACAUUGCCUGUCUAUUACGGUGACAUAAGCGUGACCAUUCUGAACGAAGCACAUUAUCCUGAUUGGAGCAUCACGGAAUUUUUGCUCUGCAGGGGUGACGUCAAGAGAGUCAUCCAACACUUCCACUUCACAACGUGGCCAGAUUUCGGUGUGCCAAGUCCACCUCAAACCUUAGCGAGGUUCGUCCGUGCAUUCAGGGAACGAGUGCGACCUGACCAACGACCCAUAGUGGUCCACUGUAGUGCAGGAGUGGGUCGAAGCGGUACCUUCGCUGCUCUAGACAGGAUACUUCAGCAGAUCCUCGUCUCAGACUUUGUUGACAUCUUUGGCAUCGUCUGGGCAAUGCGCAAAGAGCGUGUUUGGAUGGUCCAGACCGAGCAGCAAUAUAUCUGUAUACACCAAUGUCUACUGGCCGUUCUGGAGGGUCAGGAUACCACUGGACCAAUCCGAGAGAUUCAUGACAAUCAGGGAUUUGAAGGGAAGAAUCGAAGCUCGGUCGAAAACUCUAAGAGCCCUGCUGAGGCUGAGAAGGAGAGGUGACCUUCAGACAGUGAACUCUACGUUGAGGAUGAUGAGGGAAUAGCCGAGUCAGGAAUGUGAUGAGCUACGUCGAUGCAUGCUAAUCAAUAGUAUUGUAUUCUAAACCCCUUAACUGUACAAAAAGGAAAGAUGCUUCUGUGCCAAAAAUGAAUUCAAUGAAAGAGUCGUAGCGUUCGGGUGACAAUUGUGUGUUAGAGAUUUUUGGGUUCAUCGAAUGAAAAUCUGAGGUUGAAAUUUUCAAUCCGUCAUUUCGUGUAUGGUGGAUUCAGUAAUUUGAAUUUGAAAAUUUUUAUCUAAGAUUUGACUCCGUGUCCCAACAAGUCUACAUAUACGUAUCUCGUUUCGUUGAAGUCGCACUAGUGGAAAUUAGUUAUUUUUUCUUUUCUCAAGUGCGCAUACAGAUAAAUGACACUUAAGGGGUUAAAGAGCAACAAAUGCCGGUAAACAUAGGGGCAAUUUUGACAAUGACUGAGCAGCUCUGCGACCAGAAUUACCGAAGAGGAACUGAUGGAGGAGGAGAACGAAGGGGACGGAGAAGAAAGAACUAUAGGACCAGAAGGAGCGUCCAUGUGUGCAAGUUCGCUUAUCAGUUGAGAAUGAAUGAAACGGUUAGAAUGAAAGUUGGCUUUUUAUGUAAAUUCGUAAGUAAGCGCGGAACGAGACAUAUCCGUCGUACGUUGUGAACCUAGAUAUUGGGCUGGCCCAAAUCGCAUGUACGUAGUUAAUCGUCAUUUUGCAUUGUCGUAUCGAUAUCUACCGGUAUAUACUUAAUUGACGAUAAGAAACGCGAAGAAGAUAAGGGAAGAAACAAAUGUAGGGGUGGUCGUAGCAUCCGACGUUGGCGAAGACUUUGGGGCCUGAACUAUCUGUCAGAUAGCUGUCUUGAGAUUUCCAUAGCGACAACGUCCGUCCAAACGCCAUACUAGGAGAGGGUCACGUUAAAAUUAAUCUAGACAUUUUUUAAAUCCAUACUCUUCUUGAGAUAGACCUAGAACACGUCGGUGGGAACAAGAAACUCGCAUUGUCGUAGAAGCCAUAUCAAUUGUCCUUUUUUUUCUUUUCUUUCCCUUUUUCAAGAUCAGUACCUAAUGCUCGAUGCAUACCGUACAAAUAUUGAGAUUCGUGAAACGUGGCGAGAACGAGCAAAAUAGAAAGUAGCAAGUAGAGAACAUAUGAGUUUUGGAUUAUGAUGCGAAGGGAUAUAGAUACUUAAUUAAAUUACAUGUAAAAUCACUAGAUGGAAUAGACUAGCAUCAUAUUGAACGUCCAAUGGACACAAUCGUGGCUACGCCUUUGCCAUCGAAAUAGGUCAGAAACAAGAAUAUUAAUGUCAUUGAAAUUUUAUACAAUUUUUCAUAUACUAUUUUUGUCGUGCUUUCAAUCGUCAGUGUACAUAUCGGUACACUGUGCGUGAACCGGAGUUGGGAAUUCGUCCUAAUUUAAUAUAAAAAUAAAAAGGGAACACGUGUUGGUUCUCCCAUGGUUAAACGGACCACUGUAAAUAUAAUCGAGAGAAAGAAACUCGAGGAUGUAAUUUUACCGAGAAAUUAUUAUCGUUACUGCUAUUACUAAUAUUAUUUUUAUUCAUAAGCGUGUUAAUCGGAUAGGCUAGCGCUUUUUAUCGAUCUUCCCGCGAGAACGUUGACUCCUUCCUUUUAAUUUUAUCAGAGUCUAAAUUAAAUUCUCGUUUACGGAGAUCGGCAGUAGCCUCUCUUCAUUAUUGUUAUUUCGUUGAACGUCGUUAAACGGCGUUAAAUGGUAGCCCGGGAUGGGAGUUUAUUCCAUGGUAGAGUUAAGAUUGUAGAAAAUGGAUGAAUCGUGAGAGCUACUUGUAAUAUCAGGAUGGUUGAAAUGAGGAUAAGGAUGAAAAUUAAUGAGAUAAGAGAUUAAACGAGCCACGAUAUCAGAUACGAACAGACAAAUUAAUAAUGCGUUAGAAUAUAAGAAACCCAUCGCGACUCUAAGCUACUUUACGUUAUUCUGUGAUAAAUUUCGGCAGUCGAUCGACGCCGGGAAAAAUGAAAUCGCGGGUGGCGAGUUCUCAUGAACAUUCACGACGACUCUCGAACACGUGGGUGUUCUAAAGUGCCAUCCCGUGUAUGCUGCUCAUAUUCCGAAGAAACUACCCUUUUGCCGUAACUUGAGCGUAAUGCAUCUCUUUGUCUCUGCCAAUAAGGAGAAGAAGGGGUUGAUACGAUUCGUCAAUACGUAUUGUUUAAACGAACGCGAACAAUUUGUAUAUCGUAUAAGGAGAAAAUAAUGAAGUUGAGAAAAUAAUGUUCGAUCCACUUGUCGAUUAAAAGAAAUGACAAAAAAAUACAGAGAGACAAGAAAGACGAAUUACACGUACAUAAUAAAUGUGAUUCUUCAAUAAAAAAA